GAGUCUCAAGCCCUCGUAGAGGUAAUUUCCGAUUAUCGAUUCUCCGGCGAAAAACGAGAAAGAAAGAGAAAACGAUGAAGAAGACUACAGAGACUCCGUCGAGAUCAAACGCAGCUAAUAAACUUCAGAAACCUCCUUUCAGACCUGCCGUAGAUGACACCAAACCUGUUCUUCAGGACCCUAUUCUGAGAUCAGAUCCAAUGGAGACAGAAGAAGCUGUGCUGAGAUUGCCUCCUUUCCCAGUGAUAAGACCAUCUCAAUCGUAGCCGCCCGAAUUAACGAAGUUCUUUAUCUGAUUUGUUUGACAUUUUGGAGGGGGUGGUUAGUGAACAGUGAUUGUGAAUAGAUGUUGUGUUAAGCUUGAUAAACUGUAACUUACAAUCCCAUAUUUGAUAAAUGGAAACACAGCUUUAAGAUCAGAUAAGUGAUUCGGUAUUAUGUCA